GAUGAUGAAUGACUGCCUAAAAAUCCGUGUGGAGGAUCAGGGUAUUUACAUUUCACAGGUCAAAAACCAAUAAAGUUUGAGGAAAACGGUGUAUUUAGUUACAGUGUGUCGAACUCAAAGUCAGGGCUGUUUAGGAAUGCAACCGCAUAUCUUGGCUGUUUACAUGGCAAGUGUUGUGGAUGUUAUGGUCCACCAGGAGGAACAGAUAAUUACUGUGAUACAAAAUGUAACGCUAUCAAUGGUGGAUCGGUAAUCAGUGAUAAAAAUAUUUAUACCUGGAUCUGGGUAAGAUCCAGUCUUCCUAAGCGAAUCUGGGACAAAUGUAUGGAGUAUCAAAGUGAAGAUGAAUUUGGUCAGAUACAAUGGUACACCUUAAAGGGAGAUUCUGUCGUUCCUCAAAAGGGAAAAUGUCAGAAGAAAGACAAACCACGUUUAAAUAGUGGGGUUGUCGUUGUUUCUGAUAACAAAACUGCAGAAAAAGUUCCUCAAAUACCAGGAUUGUUGGAAUUUCGCCUGGAUCAAAAGGAACUUUAUGUUAGAGCAAACAAAUCAUGGAACAUUCUUCCACAGGAAAAAGAGAUCAACGGAAAAUUUACAAACUUGCAAAAAAAUCUGGAAGCAAAACUAAAUGAACUAAUGAAGAAAAUUGAGGAAACGGACGUUGAGUUAAAAAAGAAACUCAAUUCGAGCUACACAGAACUGAAAAAUGACAUGAAAACAACAGAUUCACAGUUUAAGAAAAAACUUACCAAUCUUGAAGCAGACUUUAAACAAAAACUCAACACAAAAUCUGCUGAACUGAACAAGAAGAUUAAUGAUGAAAAUACAAAAAUAAAGACGAAAUUGGUUUUUUCUAAAUCAAAUCAUAAAGAGAUCACUGGAGUAUGCGGAGGACAAUAUAGAUGGUUGACAAGCUCCACAAGGACGUAUAACUACAGAUCGAACAGCUACUGUGACUCAUCUUUAUCUGGUUGGUACAGAUUUGGAGGAAGUGCUGGAACUAUGAUGUUCUCAGGGUGUGUUAGAGGUGGUAGAAGCCGUUGUGGUUCAUAUUUUUCGGGACAUUUAACAGGAGGUCAUCCAGGAGUGAAUGAUGGGAUUGUUGAACGCGUUGUUUGUUUUUCUCAUCGUAGCGGUUCCUAUGAAUAUUGUUGUUUGUACAGACGUACAAUCAAAGUUCUCAACUGUGGCUCAUUUUAUGUUUACAAAUUGAAUGGAGUACCAACUUGCAACUCAAGAUAUUGUUCUACAGGAUGAAAAAAAGGGAAAUAACCAAGUAAUAAAAAAGCAAUUUGAAUUUAAAAUUAUGGUCAAUAUUUUCAAAAUGAUUAAAUAAAUGAUUCCAUUUAAUAUAUUUUAAAGUUAUGUUACAUGUACAAAAUGUUAUAAUGCAUUGGGUUAUUAAAAAUUUUGCAAAGAUUGCCUUUAA